GGGGGGAUCGUCUACUGGAUGGGCCGCGACCAGCGGGUGCAAGACAACUGGGCGCUGCUGCACGCAGCAGAGCUGGCAGAGGCCCACUCGCUCCCGCUCUCUGUCGUGUUUUGCCUCCCUCCGCCUGCCGCCGGCUCACCCUCCACGGGCCCGGGAUCGACGCUCCGCGAGUACGGCUUCAUGCUCAAGGGGCUGCGCGAGGUCUCCACGGAACUGGCGGCGCUCCGCGUGCCCUUCUGCCUGCUGCAUGGCGGCUCGCCUCCCGAGCUGCUCUCCCAGUUCUGCGCCCAGCACGAGGUCGCCGUGGUCGUGGCAGAUUACUCGCCCCUCCGCGAGCCGCGCGGCUGGAAGGAGGCGCUGAUCGCGGCGCGGCCGGCGACGCCGGUGCUCGAGGUUGACGCCCACAACGUGGUGCCCGUGUGGGUGGCGAGCGACAAACGGGAGGUCGGGGCGCGGACCAUCCGCAAGAAGAUCACCGAGAAGCUGCCUCAGUGGUUGGUCGACAUCCCGGCCCUGCCGCCGCGCGCCGCAGCCGACCCGCAGCCGCCGGCCGGCCUGGCGGCCGCGGCGGCGGCGAUGGACUGGGUGGCGCUGGAGGCUGGCCUGCAGCUCGAUCGCGCGGUUGCAGAGACUUCACCCACACAUCCUUCAGGCGCCGCCGCGGCGCUCGCCGCCGUCGACGCGUUUUGCGACGAGCGGCUCAAGCUGUUUGCCGACAAGCGCAACGACCCGAACAUCGCCGCGUGCUCGGAUCUGUCUCCGUACCUCCACUUUGGGCAGCUCUCCGCGCAGCGGAUGGCGCUAUGCGUCAAGCAGCACGCCAAGGCGCGGUCCGACAGCGUCGCCUCUUUCCUGGAGGAGUCGAUCGUUCGGCGCGAGCUCUCGGACAACUUCUGCCACUACGAGCCCGCCUAUGAUUCGCUCGACGGUGCAGCGGGCUGGGCGCGAGAGAGCCUUGAGCUGCACGCGUCGGACAAGCGCGAGCACGUGUACUCUCUCGAACAGCUGGAGGGGGCGCAGACGCACGAGGAUCUGUGGAACGCCGCGCAGCGGCAGCUCGCAGCGCGCGGCAAGAUGCACGGCUUCAUGCGCAUGUAUUGGGCAAAGAAGAUUCUCGAGUGGACCGCCUCGCCGGCCGAGGCGCUGCGCAUUGGCCUCUACCUCAACGACAAGUACUCGAUCGACGGGCGCGAUCCGAACGGCUACGUCGGCGUCGGCUGGUCCGUCAUGGGCGUGCACGACAUGGGAUGGGCGGAGCGCGCCGUCUUCGGUAAGAUCCGAUACAUGAACUACAACGGCUGCAAGCGCAAGUUCGACGUUAAGCAGUAUGUCGCAGAGUGGUCUGGCAAAAAGGCUGCUGCUGGCUCCACGUCGGCCGGCGCCAAGUCGGCGUCCGCCGGCAGGGCCAAGGCUGGCGGCAAGGCAAUGAAACAGACGACUCUCGGCGGCGGCAGCACGGCGGCGGCGGACGACGAGCCGAGGGCCAAGGCGCCGCCGCCGAAGAAGCCAAAGUUGGCCAUCCCGAUUUGA